AUGUACCACCCCGACGACCUGCCGCUCCGCGCCACCCUCGAGCGGCGCGACUCGGACCUGCAGCUCUCGCCUCGCACCGGCACCUCCAGGAUCAGCAGUCUCCUCGCGUCGCCAAUCCGCUCCAUUGGCAAGCAGCCGCCGGGCAGCCGCCUGCGGCAGCCGGCAACUCGGACGCUGGCGGUGCUGCUGGUCGAGGCUCGCAAGCCGGGGCUCCGGUUCUGGGACCUGUGCGAUCAGUACCUGAGGCUGCCUCUCGACACGCCAAAGAGCCAGCGCUGCUCUGCAUGGCGGGUGCCCAAGCUAUACCACGCCGUCGGCAAGGACGCGAGCCCGCCUCCUGCCGUGGUGGGCAAUGCGGCGAGGAAUCCCGACUUCCAGCUGCGCUAUCUCGGCGACGAGGCGGCGGCGGAGUAUGUAAAGGCGCGGUGCGGCGAGGCGGCCCAUGCGGCGUACCAGUGCUUUGUCGCGCCGGCGUACCGGGCAGACCUCUUCCGGUACUGCGCGCUGCAUGCGGACGGUGGGGUGUACCUGGACACCGACAUCAUGCUCGCGGUCAGCAUCCCGGAGGCCGUGGACAUGUGCGACGGUGCCACUCUCGGGCACGAUAUUCCUCAGCUCCCGCUGCCGCCGCACCGGCUCGGAGACGCGGUUGUGCCCGGCAUGCAGAUGAAGAUCCUCGGCGGCGAGCCGGGGCAUCCGCUCUUCAAGUGCAUGCUCGACGGCAUCAUCGGCCAUGUCACUGGGCCCUCGCUGCUCGCGGACUGCUACCGCCAGACGCUGCUUGGCGAUUCGACAGCCGAGAGAGCACGCCGCCGCGGCGCAGUGCCCACGGAGAACUACGCUCCCGGCGACCUAGACGGCGACAAGCGGCGGUCGGAGGAGGUUGCCCUCAAGAAGCUCCACUACCACGAGCUGAUGAUCAAGGGUGUCUUGUACAGUGACUCGUGCCCUCUCGAGAGGAGGCCCGCGCUCUGA